UCCGGGUAUUCUGUCGCGAUGGUCAUGGCGGAGGGUACUGCAGUUCUCAGGAGGAAUCGGCCUGGAACCAAGGCAAAGGAUUUCUACAACUGGCAGGAUGAGUCGUUCGAGGAGAUGGACAGCACCCUGGCUGUUCAACAGUACAUCCAGCAGAACAUCAGAUCAGAUUGCUCAAAUAUCGACAAAAUCCUGGAGCCUCCGGAGGGGCAGGACGAAGGGGUGUGGAAGUACGAGCACCUCAGGCAGUUCUGUCUGGAGCUCAAUGGACUAGCCGUAAAACUGCAGAGCGAGUGCCAUCCAGACACCUGCACCCAGAUGACGGCCACAGAGCAGUGGAUCUUUCUCUGUGCCGCCCACAAGACGCCCAAAGAGUGCCCCGCCAUCGAUUACACCAGGCACACGCUGGACGGAGCUGCCUGUCUUCUCAAUAGCAACAAAUACUUCCCCAGCAGGGUGAGCAUCAAGGAGUCAUCCGUGGCAAAGCUGGGCUCCGUCUGUCGUCGCAUCUAUAGGAUAUUCUCUCACGCCUACUUCCACCACCGCCAGAUAUUCGACAAGUAUGAGAACGAGACGUUCCUGUGUCACCGGUUCACGCGCUUCGUCAUGAAAUACAACCUGAUGUCCAAGGACAACCUGAUCGUGCCCAUCCUGGAGGAGGAGGUGCAGAACACCUCGUCAGCCGGCGAGAGCGAGGCCUAGCGACCCGAGCCGCCGCCGCCGCCACAAGGGGAGACACAUGUAAACACACACGCACACACAUUUAUAUACACACACACUACGGUGUAUUGAGGCUCAUGUCUAGUACCACUGUCCGUGUGCCUCCACCCUUGUCAACUGUGUCUAUCUCAAAGGAGGUACGGGGUAACGAAUAGCGGGAGCAGAGUUCGGCCUGCAGGGCACGAGUUCUUUCCCUUUUCUAUCCUAUUUCCACUGAUAAUUCCGCUGGGGAGGGGAAGAAGACACCUUUAAAAAAAAAUCUUUUAGCAGCUGGAUUUGCAAAAUGUAAUCACGGUAACCUGUAUUGUUGACAAAGGCACAAGCCGACAGCAUCUCUUCCCCUCCCGCUCUGUACAUAUAUCCACCCCCACCCAACUAUUAAUCCACCAUAUUUUCUGAUGGCGCCUCACUUUUUUUUUGUGUCUGCUUCUGUUCUCUCUCUCCCUCUAUUCGCUUGUUGCCGACCAGCCUGUUUUUGGGGGAAGGGUUGUCUCACGAAGUGGAUCACUAGAGUAGCCGCCGACUCACUAAUGCUAUUAAGACGGAUGUAGGUGUGUGUGUGGCUUGUGUGGUAGUGAGCAGAGACAAACGUAAUCUCUUAGUUUUGUAAGUGUGCUAGCAGUCGGGUAUUCCUUCUCCUCCCGAGACGGAGUUUCAGAGUAUUUUAGGAAGGCUUGUUGGCCAACUCUGAUCCUGCUUUGUGGCGUGUGUGUCCCCCCCCCCCCCCGUUUUAAUACUGUGUACAAUGAGCCGGACUUUCUCCCGCUUUCCUUAGUAGAAACACGACUUCAUGGGACUGAGCUGCUCUCGGACAGUUUUCUCAAACACAUUUUGACGAGUAAAAACGCAAGGAAAGGAGGAAAUGUCGGCUACAUUUAGGUGUCGGAGCACAACCUCCCUUGACCCCCCCCCCCCUCCCUCAUUAAGUUAUUUUGUGGUCUUGUCAAUCCAAACCCACUUUUUUCUUACAUUUUUUUUCUUUUAAAUGGACUAACAUUUUGUUACCGUCGACAUUUUCAUGAUGUCUGUUAAUAAAUAAGACCUAUUCAGGC